AUGGGCAGUUCUGGAGUGAGACCUGAGGGCAAGUACAUCAAGUACGACCAUGUCCGUCACCUUAUCCGUACUCGCAUGGGUGUCUUGGCCCAACGGAACCCAGACCCAUUCAUUUCAAUCACUCUAUGGCAUCAGAACCUUCAACAGCAAGGAUGGAACACAUACCUCCCUGCUUCCCACGAUGCCUCCGACUUCACUUUUGCCUUUCAGUCACCCUGGCAGAGACAACAACUCCUCGAUCAUGGGUGGGGCAUGCUGAUGUUGGACAGUACUCAUAACUCUGUUGACAAUCGAUCUCUCUCGUGUGGACGCAAGUUCAGCUUGUACACUUUUGUUAUUCGGGAUCCAAUUGUUGGAAAAGGACACCCAGUCUGUUGGGCAUUCACUGCUUCUGCAGCUGCGUAA